AUGGUGGGAAGUUUGCAUGGUCAACAGCAGAGCAUCUUUCCGCACACGAUACCUGGUGCAGACUCUUCCCCAACUGAUGCAGCCGGAAACUUCUCUGGUAAUGACCAGAGUUCAGACGACCAUCUGGGGUCUUUAUCACCUUAUACUUUCAUCCGAAGGUCCACUUCAUUGUUCUCCAACCAGAUGAUAUUACCACACGAUUCUGGCACUCUAGCAGAUGGGAGUGAACCAAGCUCUCCUUACAUGUCCAUGAGCUCUCCAUACAUGUCAGCCACAGCCCUGCUACAGAAAGCAGCAGAGAUGGGAGCAAAGACCAGUGAAGAUCCUACCACGCCAUUGCUUCUGAAAGGUUUCCCGAACUAUUUCACCACCAAAGGUCACAUUGGAAUAUCUUCUGGCAUCCUAGGGACACCGAUAGCCAAUAGUGAUAGAAAGAAGACUGCUGAAGACAACAGCUCCUACAUGAACUCGCCAUGGACUGGUAGCUGCAUGAGACCUCCUAAUGCAGUGCCUUGGAUCGGGCUACCGCCAUUUUCAAUGGGGGCAGAAAAUAGAAGCUCUAGCAUGGUUGAUGAGGAUCAUAUGCAGCAAAAUGCGCAUGAGACCAUUUUUGGGGUUAGAGAUGUGGGACUAACGCAAGACUUUCUAGGUUUAGGAGGCCAUGGUAAUGCCGAGAUGCACGAUGACACCUACAAUGGGGAAAUGGCAUUAAGCUAUUCAAAUGAGCAGCAGAAAUCUGAGCAAGAUAUCUACUCCUACCAUCAGUAG